GUGCAUCUCUCCACCACCUCCUCCAGUUGACAUUAGUGUCUUGAAAGUCACUUAUAUAUUGUCUCAUUUGUGGUCUAUUGAAAGGUAAAUUCAGUGCCCCAUAUCACAAUGUUCUACUGAUGCUGAUCCAUUUCAUGUCAUAUAUAUAUUUUUUCAAAUAUAGGGUUUUAUGAUAUAAUUAUCUGGGAUGUAACAAAAUAGAUUUCUGCCAGGUAAUGUUAAUGGUUAUGUAAUAAUACAGUUUUUGUGUGUGUGGGAUGAAGUAAUGUAGAUGUACAUCCUUGCAAUUGAUGAAGAACACGUUUUGAAUAAAAUGCCAUCACAAAAAGCUCCUGCACCUCCAUUGUUGGAACUUAGCAUUGUUACAGUGAGCAGAAGUAAACAACACAAGCACUCAUAGCUUUAGCAGAAUGAAGUGGCAGGAAAGAGUUUAAUCUUGAAUCGGAUAAUGACUUUAUUUGUAAUUGAAAACAAUUUCUUCAGUUGAGUAUCUGAGACAGUCAGUUUGUCAGCAGCUGCUAAAGAGAUAUUCAGAGUUUCUGGAAAAACUAUUGUUAAGUACGAGGAAGAGAUCGACCCAAAAUAAAGUUACAGUGGAUAGAUGUCUAAAUGGUUGAAGGUCUUAAAAAACAAACAAAGCGGUGCAUCUCUCGUAGGGUUGUGGUGGUUUGAAGACGUGUUGUAUUUUUCUGCUCAGGGUCUGUUUUUCUACGGUGUAAUAUCUCUUUUGUUGUGUGUCCCUCCAGAGCUCCCACAGCAACAUGUCUGUAAGGAGGAGGAGGGUCUGUCUGACCAGCAGCAGCUCUGUAUUCAGGAGAGGAGCUCCAGUCUGGACCAAGAGGACCCAGAUCCUCAGGUUAAAGAGGAACAGGAGGAACCGUGCACCAGUCAGGAGGGAGAGCAGCAUGUACUGAAGCAGCAGACUGAAAUCUUCAUGUUGACUUCUACUUAUGAGGAGAGUGACCACAGUGAUGAUCAGACUCUGGACUUGAGAAUCGAUGAAACUCCGUUUGUGCAUGAUGAGCUUAAAGAAUCUAGAUCAACUACAAUUGUGGAGUCAGAAACAAACAAGAGACGUCACAAGAGCAGUAACAAUAUAGACAACACCAACCUGUCAGAGAGUCUCUGUGAUACUCAAACAGGUAAAAAGUCUUUCAAAUGUGAAACAUGUGGAAAAGAUUGUGUGUUUAAUUCACUCUUGCAGAGACACAUGAGAAUCCACACAGGUGAGAAACCAUAUUCCUGUAAAACAUGUGGGAAAAGAUUGAGUGGGACAAGCUCAUUGAAAUAUCAUUUAAAAACGCACACAGGUGAGAAGCCAUAUUCUUGCAAAACAUGUGGGAAAGAUUACAGAUCUAGUGGUGUUUUGAAAGCCCACAUGAGAAUCCACACAGGUGAGAAACCAUAUGUGUGUAAAACAUGCGGGAAACGUUUCAACUGUGGUAACAAUUUGAAAAGACACCUGAAAAUUCAUAUACACAAGAGAAACCACAGAGCUGAAACUCCUGCAGAGAUAUGUUCAUUAACUGAAUGAAAUACACUUGUAACAGGAACAUCUCUGGGACUGACUAAUAA